ACCUCACUUGAUAGGAAACGUUGCAGGGAGAACUAUGUUCCCUUGCUGCUACCCUUCAAGGCGAGGCUCUCGCAGAGCCAAAGCCCAGAAUGAAGGUCUCUUCCAGCGUGUAACACGCUGGCUGAGCUCUCACUAUGGACGCCUGUGGCCACGGGGGAGGAGGCAGCCACAGGGCUCCACGCUGGAGAUCAGCAAUGAUUCCCGUGAGGAACUCAUCUUCUCAGGCAAUGGACAGUUUGGAGGUGUGUCCACACUGCACCUGGCACAGGUCUGGCCCCUGCGGAGCCUGCAGCCAGGCACUGGGGUGAAGCUGGAGGAGUCCCUGGUCCAGGCCUCCCCAGGAAGAACCAUCGCUCACCUGUCCACUCUGCUGUGCUCAUAUGGCGACUUCAGCACUGUUCCGUAUUUCCUGGACCAGAUAUUCCAUAGCAACAUGGCUUCCUUCCUGGGACGCUGCAGAGACCUGUACAAGGCAGAGCUCCAUGGCAACACCAGCCUUCCACUGCUGAAGAUGAAGGUGGGCUGCAAGCCUGUCAGCCUACCUGGAGGAGACCUGGGGACCCAGGUGUACUUUCUGUAUGCCCUGCCCGGACACACCCAGCACCCUGAGGCCAAAGCAGACGCUCCUGCUCUGCAUGCAGGGCCAGCACCCUUCUGCACACUGGCUCUGGAGCCAGCUGCAGCACCACUGGCUCAGCCAGGACCUGCUCCAGAGCCAGGGCCAGCUUCCCCACGGGGCCUGCCCCCAUGUGCACAAUCAGCACCAGGGCCAGCUCCACAGGCCUCCUCUGGCUGGGCUGGGACUGCAGAGGAGCUGCCUGGGGCGGAGAUGGUUGACAUCACCGCCUUCUCCCCCAGGACGAUGGCAGAACAGCUCACGCUUCUGGAUGCGGAGCUGUUCCAGAAGGUCGUGCCCUUCCACUGCCUGGGCUCCGUCUGGACCAAGAGCAACAAGAGAGGCAAGGAACACCUGGCCUCCACUGUCCAUGCCACCGUCCAGCAGUUCAACUGCGUGACAAAUUGUGUAGUAACCACAUGCUUGGGGGACCCCAGCAUGAAGGCCACGGACAGGGCCCGUGUGGUGGAGCACUGGAUCAAGGUGGCCAAGGAGUGCCAGACCCUCAGGAACGUUUCCUCGGCCCAUGCCAUCCUCACUGCUCUGCAGACCUCCCCAAUUUGUCGCCUGCAAGAGACGUGGGGAGAAGUCUCCAGCAAAAGCUGCAAAAAAUUUGAGCGCCUGUGUGAGAAGGACAAUGGCUUGAGCAGAGAUCGACUCACCAAGAAGGGAGCCUUCAAGCUUGCUGCCCGGGAGAAGAAUCCGCAGAGAGCACAGAUGAGGCUGCGGAAACAACAGAAGGGAGUCGUCCCCUUUCUUGGCACCUACCUGAAAUACCUGGUGAUGUUGGACACUGUGAUGGGGGACUCUGUGCAUGUGAGUGAUCCUGGGGCAGAUAGGAGCUCACCCAGAUCCUUGUCCUUUCCCACCCACAUCCCCUUGACGGCCUCAUGA